AGACUUUCUUAUACUGGUAUAAAAGAGGACACUGCUGAAGAGACAGAGAGCGAGUUUGUAGAGGUGCCAAUAGAACUAAAGGGUCAUGUUAUUGGAAGGGGCGGCUGCAUGUUGCAAGAAAUCAUGCGUCAGUCUGGUGCAAGAAUUAGCUCACAGAGCAAGGAAGAGAAAGGAUUCUUGGUAAACGGUGAUAAGGAGCAAAGAGCAUACGCAAAGAAGCUUAUAUUGGAAAAAGUAGUGAGUCACAAAUACAAGUGGUUUCCUUAAGAAUUUUUGUUCUCCUUUUUAUUUUUACCUGACAAGAGUCCCCACUUCUAAAGUUCCAACUCAAGACACAAGUAAUAUCACGUCAUAAUAUCCGGGGAAGAGGGAAAAAGAUCUUAGGUAUCCAGUAGUCUUAUUGUCAUUAAGGGUACAAAAAGGACUAUUCCUAGGUCAUUAAGAAUGAGGUUGGAUUGUCAGAAUCGACGCACACACACACAAAUUCAACCAUCGUUUUAUGGAAGCCACGUGGUCUUCGUGACGCAAUACACAGUUAUUCUGGCGUGUGAAAUUUUUAAAUUGAUUAAAUUUAUAUUUUCUGGUUUUAACUUCGCGAUAGGUUGUUAUCAAUAUUGUUUUACAAUUGUUAUUCUUUUUAUUUUAUUAUUUUUCUUCCUUCAUUAGUUUAUUUGUUUUACGCUUAGCUUUUACAAAAAAAUGCAAAGUUUCUGGUCGUGGUAUCAUUAGCUAACUAUUGUCAACAAUAGCAAACAAGAGUUGAAUGCAGAUUAGAUACCAUUUGUAAAUUACCAGUUUCUUUUCGGAAAUCAUUACUUUUGGUACGCAUUUAAAGGCAGCCGUUGUUUUUGUGUUGUUUAAUUCAGAAUCUGCGGUUUUUGUUUUUAAUUGUCAGGAGGGUGUUCAGUUCACACUGUGGGAGCUAGUGAAAAUUCCUAGCAAGUACAAAGGAUUGGUAAUGGGGACAGAUGGUGCUAAACUUCGAGAAAUAAGCGCCCAGACAGGAGCAAAAGUCAUUCGCAGCUACAAGGAUGGGGAAGUUUACAUAAAGUUAGGAAAUCACGAUCAAAGGAAGAACGCAAGAGCACUAAUUGGC